AUGGUUCCCGUAGGCGGGCUUGCCCAGACAUCAAAACGCCUCAUCAAAGUGGCGGGGCGGGACGCCACCAAGUUCCUCAAUGGCCUCGUCACCUCACGGUUCCUCCCCGACAUCAAGAAGAAGAAACAGCACACGAUCUCCGCCGUGGAUGACGCCCACGCCGACCUCGCCCUGGUCGUCGAUAUCCAUACCAAUUGGGGGCUCAUGCACGAGGAUAUCUAUGAUCCGAUGAACCACAUCACCAUUUCUCGUGACGGUAUCAAUCUGAUGUUCCUCACGUCGAAAGGGCGUGUGGUCACUGACCUGUUCAUCUACGUACUGCCGUUUGCUGGCAAUGAGCUGGUAUUGAGCCAACACCCUGAAUACCUUGUCGAGGUGGAUGAGGCCAUGGUCAAACGGCUCAUGCUGUUGUUGAAACUCCACAAAUUGGGCGCCAAAGUCACCAUAGAGGAGACUCCUUAUCUCAGUUAUUAUUACUACCACGACUCAUUUGAAUUUGACCAGUGGCUUGAUCAAGUCCAGGAUGCCUACUUCACUUCCACUACCCCUGCAGAAGGUCUUCAAAAUGCUAAUUCGUUUAUAAAGUCGGAGUUAUUCUCGACUAAGGCGCAAAGCUUAAUUACGGGGUUUGCGUUUGAUAACCGUAUCCCUAACUUCGGUGUCAAAAUCGUCACCACCGAACCUGUGGAUGAAGUGUUUUCAUCGGAAAACUUCCUGUUUGAACAAACUAAAGUUGACGAAAUAGACGUUACCCGUCGUCGUUACGUAAACGGUCUUUUUGAGGUUGGCGAUGCCCCCGUUGGCACUACCCUCUUGCCCUUUGAAACCAACUUGGACUAUAUGAAUGGCUUAUCGUUGGAGAAAGGGUGUUACGUGGGACAAGAGCUUACCAUCCGCACGUAUAACAACGGUAUCAUCCGUAAACGGGUGGUUCCAAUCCAAUUCCACCCGGCAAACGAAGAAUUAGAAGGCACUUUAGAGGCUCCUGAGCUCGAAAUCGGUGGUGCCGUACUGGAUUUCGCCGCUACCAUUCCUGCGGAAUCCGAUGUCAUCGCCGCCGUUGAAGAACCUGAGAGUGCGCCAGCGACACCAGUGGCGGCGUCACCAUUCGGCACUAGUCUGAAACCAGUGAGAAAGCGCAAAUCUCUGAAUGGGAAAGUGUUAUCCACUCGAGACAAUUUAGGGUUUGCCCUCAUGAACUUAAAUGACUUGGAAAAGACCCACGAGUAUAAGGUUGACGUCGACGGUACCACCAUGGGGGCUACCGCGUUCAUUCCACAAUGGUGGCCUCAGGAAGAGCCAUAG